CGAGAGAGGGAUCAGUGGGAAGGCAUUUUCCUUCCCAGCUGCUCAGCCUGGCAGCGAGCUGGCAGGAAAGGAAGGUGGGGGAGCCCCGGCGUUCACGUGGGUGAGGAUGGGGCGUUCUGCGAGCCGGGGCUGCUCCCGCGGCGUGCAGCGCAGCGCUUCCCAGCGCCGGGCUCCGCAGCGCUCCGCAUCCAUCCUGGGCACUGAGCGCUCCGCAUCCAUCCUGGGCAUUGAGCGCUCAGUCCGCAUCCAUCCUGGACAUUGAGCACUCAGUCUGCAUCCAUCCUGGGCACUGAGCGCUCCGCAUCCAUCCUGGGCAUUGAGUGCUCAGUCCGCAUCCAUCCUGGACAUUGAGCGCUCCGCAUCCAUCCUGGGCAUUGAGCGCUCCGCAUCCAUCCUGGACACUGAAAGCUCCGCAUCCAUCCUGGGCACUGAGGACCCACUCCACAUCCAUCCUGGCCAUUGAGGGCUCAGUCCGCAUCCAUUCCAGCCACUGAGGACCCACUCCACAUCCAUCCUGGCCAUUAAGGAUCCCUCGUCCCUCCCGGGCACUCAACGCUCCGCAUCCAUCCCGGGCACUGAGCGCUGCGGGGGAGCCCGCCCGGGCACCGGGCACAGGAGCGGCAGCGGUGCUGCUGUCGCGGACAUUCCCGGCUCUGCCAGCAGGGACCGCGGGUUCCCUUUCCCUGCCUGCCUUUGUGCCGAGCGGAGCGAUUGAAAUGCACGGCUGCCAAGCGCUGCCGUAGCGGGCUGCCUAGGGGAUUUUUUCCCUCCCCUGCCUCCUUUAAUCCUUGAACGGGGGGAGGCAUGUUCGCUGUGGAUUCUUUUUGUUUUAUCUGAGAAUGAGAUGCUGGCUGAAAAUUGAAGAAAUGGCCCUAGAAGAAUUGAUGCAAAGAUUAAAUGCGGUUUCCCAGUGCGCUGAUGAAAUCAUGCAUCAGGAUAUCAUUCCCCUCUAUGCUGCAGACAUUCAGGACCAAUUAAAGAAACAAUUUGCUUAUCUGUCAGGUGGAAGAGGGGGAGAUGGCUGCCCUGUUAUCACCUUUCCAGACUAUCCAGCUUUCAGUGAGAUUCCUGAAAAAGAGUUUCAGAACGUCCUGACUUACCUGACAAGCAUUCCAAGUUUACGAGAUGCUGGAAUUGGAUUUAUUCUUGUCAUAGAUCGCAGACAGGACAAAUGGACCUCCGUGAAAGCCUCCAUACUGCGGAUAGCAGCAUCUUUCCCAGGAAACCUGCAAUUAGUCCUCGUUCUGCGCCCAACAGGAUUUUUUCAUCGAGCUCUCUCGGACAUUGCUUUCAGAUUCAACAGGGAUGAGCUUAAAAUGAAAGUACCUAUCAUAAUGCUGGGCUCAGUAUCAGAACUGCAGGGCUACAUUGAUAAGACACAAUUAACAGAAGAUCUUGGUGGCACCCUGGAUUACUGCCACAACAGAUGGCUGUCCCGUCGCACUGCUAUAGAAGGUUUCGCCCAAAAGGUUAAGCAAACAGCUCAGAUUCUUCAGUCCUUUGGGACUGAGCUGGCUGAAACAGAGCUACCAAAUGAUGUGCAAUCAACCAGCUCCCUUCUUGCAACACACACAGAAAAGAAGGACAAAAUGAAGGAGGAUAUCAGGGUAGCAGUAGAACAGGGAGAUGAUAUCCUUGGAAGUAUUACAAAACCAGUUACUGAGAAUCCUGAAUACAAACUGAAUCAAGAUCAGCUAGACAAUCAAACAACAGUAGAAAGGCUACUGGCUCAACUGCAUGAGACAGAGACCGCCUUUGAUGAGUUUUGGAUUAAGCAUCAGCAAAAGCUAGAGCAGUGUCUGCGCCUUCGGAAUUUUGAACAGGAUUUCAGAGAGGUCAAAGCAUCUUUGGAUAUUGUGUCUGAGAGGCUGUCUGCUUUCACUGAUGUGGGAAACAGCCGUUCACAUGUGGAGCAUAUUUUGAAAGAUCUUGCCAACUUUGAAGAAAAAUCUCAUGAAACUGUAGCAAAAGCCAGAAUGUUAGCCUCAGAGCGUGAUGCUUUUAUUCAAAGCAAUCAUUAUGCUGUGGACUCCAUUAUUCCAAAAUGCAGUGAACUUCAUCAUCUCUGUGAUGCCUUCACUACUGAGACAGAACGGAGGAGAAAUCUUCUCAACAAAUCUCUGGAACUGCAUGACUUACUAGAGAAGUCUAUGAAGUGGUGUGAUGAAGGAAUUUACCUGCUGGCUUCCCAGCCAGUAGAUAAGUGUCAGUCUCAGGAUGGUGCAGAAUCAGCGUUACAGGAGAUCGAGAAAUUCCUGGAUACUGGUGCUGGCAAUAAAAUCAAGGAGUUGAAUAAAAUUUACAGAGAGUACGCACACAUCCUCAAUGAGGAUCUAAAGGAGCAUGUGCAAAAGGUUUUCCAGAAGCAAGAAAGUAUGGAAGAAAUGUUUCAAAAGCGGCAAGUAAGUCUUAAGAAGCUGGCAGCUAAGCAGACACGUCCUGUUCAGCCAGUUGCUCCAAGACCUGAAGCAUUUGUAAAAUCUCCUUGUACCUCCCCAGGUCUUCAAAGAGAAAACGUGUCCAACUCGGAAAGCAGCGCGCUUCGGAGGGUGAACUACAGAAAAGCAAAGAGUGAAAUGACCGAACUCCAUCAAAGCAGAGGAGGAUCUACAAUGGAUGAUGAAGAAAACCUAGCUGUGUUACGACAGCAUGUAAUGAAUGAACUUAUUGAGACUGAACGAGCAUAUGUGGAAGAACUUCUCUGUGUUCUUGAGGGUUAUGCUGCAGAGAUGGACAACCCCUUAAUGGCUCACCUCAUUUCACCAGAACUGCAAAAUAAGAAAGAUAUCUUGUUUGGGAAUAUGGAAGAAAUUUAUCACUUUCACAACAGAAUAUUCUUGAGAGAACUAGAAACCUAUGUAGAAUACCCAGAACUAGUAGGACGGUGCUUUCUGGAUCAGAUGGAAGACUUCCAGAUUUAUGAAAAAUACUGUCAAAAUAAACCUCGAUCUGAAAGUUUGUGGAGGCAGUUUUCAGACUCUGUAUUCUUCCAGGAAUGUCAAAGGAAACUUGAUCACAAGCUCAGUUUGGACUCAUACUUGCUGAAACCUGUUCAAAGAAUAACCAAGUACCAAUUACUGCUAAAGGAAAUGCUGAAGUACAGUAAGAACUGUGAAGGUGCUGAAGAUCUUCAGGAAGCCCUGACUUCUAUCCUGGGCAUUCUUAAAGCAGUUAAUGAUUCUAUGCACCAGAUAGCCAUUACAGGCUAUGAUGGAAACCUGAAUGAGCUGGGCAAGCUUUUAAUGCAGGGAUCCUUCAAUGUUUGGACUGAUCACAAAAAGGGUCACACAAAGGUGAAAGAUUUGGCACGCUUCAAGCCAAUGCAGCGACACCUCUUCCUCCAUGAGAAAGCAGUGCUGUUCUGUAAAAAGAGAGAAGAAAAUGGAGAGGGAUAUGAGAAAGCACCUUCUUAUAGCUACAAACACUCCUUAAAUAUGGCUGCAGUUGGAAUAACAGAAAAUGUCAAAGGUGAUGCAAAAAAAUUUGAAAUCUGGUAUAAUGCAAGGGAAGAAGUUUACAUUAUACAGGCACCAACCCCCGAAGUUAAAGCUACUUGGGUAAAUGAAAUAAGAAAAGUGCUGACAAGUCAACUGCAGGCAUGCAGAGAAGCUAGUCAGCACAGGACACUAGAACAAACACAGAGCUUACCUCUACCACUACCAGCAUCAUCUUGUGCAAGUCCUUCACGAAACCACACCAGAAAUACCAAAAAAAUGGAGGAGAAAAAAGCUGAUCUCACAAGUCUAGAAGGUUGUGGCACUACAGUAGCACCAAAGUACCCCGAGAAAGGCAAAGACAACACUAGCUCUACCUCAGAAUGCUCUGUACUGUCAAAAAAGCGCUUUACGCUGCAGGGCUUUACUAACCUCAAAAGUCAGAAAGAAACUCCAUCUUCUUCUGCUAAAAGCCAGACAUUGCCAAUGAUCCUUCUUACAGGACCAGCUUCUCCUACCAGUCCUGACAAAAAAGCCAAACGGCACGAAGUAGUGAGUGACCCAACUCCUUUUGGUUUAAGAGGCUGGGCCAAACCAUCCCAUUCUCUUGAUGCAUCCGAAGAAAAUGACGGCUGGUCUAGUGCAGAAGAACCGCUGAAUUCCUCGGAUGCGGAGGAAGAAGGAGGAGGAGGGGGAGGCGAGAUGAAGCUGACUCCCGGUAAAUAUACAGUUGUGACUGAUUAUGACAAAGGAGUUUCUGAAGAAUUUACAGUGAAAAGUGGAGAUCUAGUUCAACUGAUUCGUGAAGGGGAGGAUGGACUUUGGUUUGUAAAGAACCUGAGCAGUGGUAGAGAAGGUUGGAUUCCAGCAAACAAUCUGCUGAUGCUCAUAGGCAACUCAAAAUCAGCUCAAUCUUUAAGCAGCUCUGAAUCAGGCACUGCCUCCAGCAAUUUGAGCACAUCAUCAAGUUGCAGUGAUAGCUGCAACGUCAGUAGCACCAGCUUCUCUGACAUUAAGGGCUAAUAUGAAAUGCUUGUCCCACCUCCCUGGAAGGUAAAUCUGGAGACUGUCAUUUGCUGCAGAGUUCUGGACAUUGGACUUCAUUGGAGAACCACCAGUGCUGUGUUGCCAGCUCUGAGUAUUUUUAGUGGUGACUUUUACAGGUUCUCACAGAAGAUCCUGAUGAAAAGUGCAUGGAAUGUGAAUUGUAAAUAAAAGUUAAAUGAUUUGAAAUAGGAUUUUUUAGAGGUCUCUGCUCUGAAGAGCUGUUAGCAUAAAGUGCGUUUUCUGCUCGACACACAAUCAGGUUUCUGCAGAACUGUAUCUUUUUGUAACAGCCAGAAUCUGAAUGUGAGCAAACAAAAUGUGUUCAAUGCUAAAUGCUCAUUGUAAACAAAUAACAUAGCAAUCACUGUACAGGAUAGGUAUGAGGAAAAUAAAUCCAAGUUUACAAUUUCUUCUCCCCAAGAAACCCCUUCUCCAAGGACAUACCUCGGUCAAUGCAGUGAAUGGGACUCAUGGCAACAAGGAAGGAGGUUUGGUCCACCCUUUUCUCUUGGGUUUUCAGGAUAUUCUUCUGCUCCCUAGAGCCUGGGAUGCAGACAUGACCACAACAACAUCAAGAGAAACUAUUACUUUAUCCUUUCCAACAUUUUAGUGACAUGUGCAAUGGACUAGCUCUUUUCUGAGGUAUUUUGUUUGGCCUCACAACCAAAUUCUUUACCAAGAUCACUGUGUUUACAUAUUCUUGGCAAUUUAGUAGUAUCUUUUUUCUUGUGCAGAUGCACAAUGAAACGCAAAUGUUCUUAUUCACUAAAUGAUUUUUUUAUAAACAGUCAUUGCAUGGUUUCUUUCAGCUCUCACAACAUGCAGUUACAGGCAGAAGAAACUAUUCUAACUGCACAAUGGGUCAAGAGUCUUUCUUCAAACUGGAAAGGAGGGCUGGAAAUCCAACAUAUUUUUAGCCCACAGUGUUUGUUCCAGAUUAAUUGAAAGAGAAAAAAAAUCCAAUGACAUGAUUUUUCUAGAAAAGGGGAGCACAGGAGAAAAAAAAAUCACAGAGAAGAGUCAGAUUUAUGCUACAGAUAAGUAUUUUAAUUUUUUAAGGGAAGAGUGAUGCUGAAUUUGCCAUUUUUCAGGGUAUGAUGUAAGCCAAUGUUGUAAAUUUUCACUUUGUCAGAUGUUCUUUGCAUUCCUUCCUUACAAACAGUACAAAACUAAGUACAUGUAUAAAAUACUGUAUUCAUUCCUGUCCAUCAAAUAUUUUUGCUUAUAUGAAAACAGGUUUUUAACUGAUUCAUGCACCAUAUUAUU